AUGUCCUCACAGAUCCCGACACGGCGCCCGGUUCGAGCGACGCGCCCAGUGAACGACGAGAACGCCCCGAGCAGAAUCAGCGUCUUGGGCAAAGCCAAAACAGUCGUCUCAGAGAACCUCAAUGCGAAGAACAAUGCCAAAGAAGCCACCACACUGAAAGCCAGCACCAAACCUCGCGUCGUUCUUGGGCAGCAACGAGACACAUCCAAUCUCGUCGCUGGCAAGCGCAAGAGGGAUGCGCUUGGUGACGCCACAAAUGAAACAAAAUCAAAAGCUACCACUUUGAAGCCAUCCAUCACCAUUAGCUCCACUAACAAAGCUCCGACCCACAGUCGCGCUUCUUCCGUCUCGACCAACGUAUCACUUCCCAAAGACAAGGAGAACGCUGCCCGACCUCGCGCGCCUUUGGGAGUCAAAUCGAAGAAUAUCGUGUCAACCGCCUCCGCGGCUUCAGAGAAGGAAAAGCUCUCUGCAAAACCUUCAGAGGCUACCGCUGUCGCGACCAAACGCGUCGUCCGUCGACCCUUGUCCGCCAAGCCUGCUCCUGCUCCCGCAACGACAACCACCACUACCAAUGUCACAGUCUCACGGACCAAGGUCACAGAAACCACUGUGCGCGCUGAAGCUACCAGGCGCCAAGUUUUGCAAAAGUCUCAGGUCGAGAAGGUUUCGAAGACCACUAAAGUGGCGAAAAUCGACCUCACCGAUGUCGAUGAAGACGAAGUGAGAUCCCACAAACGUCCUCGUUUAUCCGAUGAGGUCGAAGAUGCUGUAGAGCUCAAAAAUGUCACCGUCGAGAAGGUUCACGAGGCUUUGACGAUCGCUGUGACCAAGCCUGAAGAUGAGGAACCAGAAGACCUCGAUAAGGACGAUCUUGAUGAUCCGUUGAUGGUUGCUGAAUAUGUUGUCGAAAUAUUUGAUUAUCUUCGUGCACUAGAGAAAACGACCAUGCCGAAUCCCAAGUACAUGCAAUAUCAAACUGCUCUCAAGCCACAUAUGCGUGGUAUUCUCGGCGAGUGGAUCAUCGGCAUCCAUCGAGGACUCCGAAUGGUUCCGGAAACCCUCUUCAUUGCCAUGAACCUUAUCGAUCGUUUCCUGUCUGUCCGUACGAUAUCCCUCGAGAAAGUCCAACUGGUUGGAGUUGUCUGCCUUCUCAUUGCUUCCAAAUAUGAGGAGAUCUGCGCACCGACCAUUUCAAUGAUGCUAAAAUUCUCCGCCAAAAGCUCCACUGUCGACGAAAUCAAAGAAGCCGAAAAAUACGUUCUCAAGAGCAUCAAAUACAACCUCAGCUAUUCCAGCCCCAUUACCUUCCUUCGAAGGUGCAGCAAGGCUGACGGCUUUGAUCCUGAAUCACGAACCCUCGCGAAAUAUCUCGUAGAGCUAUACUGUGUGGAAUAUCGCUUAAUCCAAUACACACCCUCCUGUAUUGCGGCCGCUGCGAUGUGGCUUGCGAGGCUUGCUCUCGAUAGAGGAGAAUGGACUGCCAAUUUAGCUCAUUAUGCUGGCUACAAAGAGGCAGAAUUACUCCCCUGCGCCAACGUCAUGCUCAACUACAUCCUGAAGUUCCCCAAGCAUGCAUCUCUCUUUGAGAAGUAUGCCUCUCGUAAAUUCAACAAGGCCUCUGUCUUCAUGAGGUCGUGGGCUUUGGCUCGCUGGGAUGAGGGAUGGGACGUUGAUCUAGGCGAGUGUCUGGAGGCUCUCAAAGAGGACUCGAAAGCUCGUAUACUGGCCGGGACGGCUGGUGUUGUGGAGCUCCUGGAAUGUCCAGUGUUCCAUGCUGAUGAUAACGAAGGCGCAUGA